AUGGACGAAAAUGGCACCAAACCGGAGGUCGGGCGUUUCACUACAGCCAGUCGGGCGUUUCUACACACGAGACUGGGCGAAUCGAGCCUCAGACCGGGCAUUCUCACUGUCCCCGGGCGUUUUGUCACAUUUUCGGGAUCUCGAGCAAAACGCCCGGCCGGGCAUUUUUACACUGCAGGUUGUAUGCAAACACGCUCUAAGGGUUUACCUUUAGAGCCUAUUGAUCUUGAGAUCGAAGCAUCCAACAGAAGGAGAAACGCUUUGAAGAGGCUAAACCAGCGGAUCCGAGUUUCUUCUCCGGUCCAGAGACGGUCACCUUCACCAGUUCAAGAACCAGUUCAGUUCGAGCCACAUCCUCCUUUUCUGAUGGACGGAGGAAACGGGGGGAACAAUAGGAAUAACAAUCCACCACCUCCUCUAACGAAUGCUCAACUUCAAGAGCAACUCGCAGCAUUGCAGAGGCGGUUAGAUCAAGGGCAGAAUGGGAUACCAGUGCAGAAUAUGUUUGCCUAUAAUGGGGUGUCCAAUCCAGCAAUCAUUAGACACCUUUCAAUCUGCAACACGACGAAAAUCAAUGGAGUACCGGAUGAACAGAUCAGAUUAAGGGCAUUUCCUUUCUCUCUAGAGGAUUAUGCCCGGGAUUGGCUGGACAGUCUGGAGCCCAACUCCAUCCGUACGUGGGAUGCAUUGGUGGCCAAAUUCUUAGAAAAAUACUACCCUCCGAGUGAAGCCUUGAAUAGACAAUCAACGAUUCUAGCAUUUGAGAUGACUCCUCAAGAGAGUAUCCGAGGAGCUUGGGAAAGGUUCAAGAGCCUUUUGAAGCGGUGUCCUAAUCAUGGUUUGAAUCCAACCCAUCAAGUCCUCGCAUUCUACAAGGGGUGCUUGCCUGAUGCAAAGAGCGAGCUAAAUUGGAGCGCAGGAGGAUCACUGAUAAAGAUUGGUGAGGCGGCAGCAAUAGAGGUGAUCGAGAGAGUUGCCUCGAAUGAUGGAACUUGGACUAAUGAGAGGAGCAAGGUGCACAGAAUAGCUUCUGCCUCAGAAGUCAGUCCCGACAGUAGCUUGGCGAAUCAAUUGGAGCUCAUCCACAGGAAGCUGGAUCUUAUGGGAGUGGGAUCAUCGGUGCAAGAUAACCUAGAAGGUGUAGAAGAUGUCAACUACAUACACCAAGGGGGCAACAGAUACUAUAGCAACUCCCGCCCCAAUCAAGGGAGUGGAGGUUUCAACCACUUUGGGAUUAAGCCACAUCCCAAUCUCUCCUAUGGAAACCCCAACAAUGCCUUGCAGCCACCUCCGGGGUUUACAGUGUCUCAAGGAAUGAUCAAUGAGCCGCAGAAGAGGAGUUCAGAGGACAUACUGAAUGCCUUCAUGACACAGUCGCAGAAGAAUAUGGAGCAUUCAAACAAGAGGCUCGAGAAAGUAGAGAAUGAUGUGCACAACAUGGCAACACAUAUGAAGAACUUAGAGGUGCAGAUGAGUCAGAUCGCUCAAUCUACCCCACCAAAGUCUGCAGCUGAGCCAGAGAAAGAAGCAGAAGUCGAGGCAGAAAAGGAGGAACUUGAGACAUCAUCUCCUGCAGUUCACACUGAGGUGAACACACUAGUCAAGCCAGCAGAGGUCAGAGUGCCAUUCCCCCAAGUGCUCCAAAAGAAGAAGAAGAAUGAUCAGUUCGCCAAAUUUUGGGAGAUCUUCAAGAAGGUGCAGAUUAACAUUCCGCUGAUUGAGGCACUGCAGCAAAUGCCCGGAUAUGUUAAGUUUCUUAAGGAAGUUGUCGCCAAAAAGAAGAAAUGGGGGUAUCAUGAGACCGUCAACUUGACGGAAAAUUGUAGUGCAAUUUUGCAAAGGAAGCUUCCGGCCAAGAUGCAAGAUCCAAGAAGCUUUACUAUUGAAUGCACUAUUGGAGAUCACUUUGUGGAGAAUGCCUUAUGUGACCUUGGAGCUAGCAUUAACCUCAUGCCAUUGUCCUUGUAUAAAAAGAUGAAGAUUGGUCCGUUAAAGCCCACCUCCUUCACGUUACAGAUGGCUGAUAGAUCAGUAUACUAUCCAGUGGGGGUUGCGGAGGAUAUAUUGGUGAGGGUAAAUGAGUUCGUCUUCCCAGCUGACUUUGUGAUAUUAGAUAUGGAGGAAGACAGAAAAGUACCUCUGGAUUAA